UUGGGUGAGGGUGUUCAGUUUCUUACCAGCAGUCCGGACAAUAAGCAGCGAUCCAAGCUGCCAUCGAUCAGUAAACAUGAUAUUGAGGCUGUACUGCCGCGUGGAGUACAUGCCAAGGAACAGGUCCUGAAUAGCAUGAUUGUGAUGCGUGUUGGCAAUUUUCUGCAAGAUCACACUCUACAAGUUGGCCGUAAGAAGAAGGAUAAAAAGGGCAGUGGCACAUUUGUGCCAAUUGCCUAUGGAGCCUUGGCUAUGCUGGCCGGUAAAGCCUUGAUUGUCUUUAAAUUGGCGCUGGUAUUGGCAUCCAUAAUUGGCAUCAAGAAACUAUUGAGUGGCGGCGGCGGAGGCAAGGAAUCCUCUCAUGAAGUUGUUGUCUCCUCUGUCGGCCAUUCGGGCUGGGGUCGGGACUUUGAUAAAAAGUCCUUUUUGGCCUACAGCGUCUGGAAGCCGGCAAAGGAUUCGGCGGGCAAAGAGAAGAAGCCAAAAGAGGUUUAA